AUGGCGCCCAUCUCCGCAUCCGACAUUCCCUCCUUGGCUCUGCUGUACAAGCUCAAGAAGCUCCAGCCUGCCAAGACGCUUCCAGUGUCGGGCGCCACGCCCGCCCACAAUGACCGCGUCGGCUUGAUCCGAGGCGACAUCACCACCAUGGCCGUCGACGCCAUCGUCAACGCCGCCAAGCGAUCCCUGCUGGGCGGCGGCGGCGUCGACGGGGCGAUCCACCGCGCCGCCGGCCCGGGGCUCCUGGCCGAGUGCCGCACCCUUCAGGGUUGCGGCACCGGUUCGGCCAAGAUCACCGACGCCUACGACCUGCCCUCGCGCAAGGUGAUUCACACCGUCGGCCCCGUCUUCUUCCGCGUAGGGCCCACCCAAGCCAAGGUUGACCUUUCGUCGUGCUACGACUCGUGCCUGCGCCUCGCUGUGCAGUCUGGCGUCAAGACGAUUGCCUUUAGCGCUAUUAGCACAGGUGUCUAUGGUUAUCCCAGCCUGGAUGCUUCGGUGGUUGCCUGCGAGACUGUCAAGAACUUUCUUGAUGGCGAGCAUGGACACAAGCUCGACAAGGUCAUCUUUGUCACAUUUGAGGAGAAGGACGUUCACUCGUACAAUGCCACUCUACCUCGAUUCUUUCCCCCUAGCAUGGAGACAUCAUCGCAGCAAGAGAGAGCCGCAAAGGAGGAGAACGCCGAGGCCGAGGCAACCAUCAGUCAGCUGCCUGAUGUGCCCAAGGCAGAUCCUUCCGACCCCGACCAUGUUCAGAAGAAGCAGAAGCAGAAUGACUAA